AUGGUGAGGUCUCGUAGCAAGGCUGCUGCUGAACGACUAGGUGGUUGGUGUCUGGAGGAGCAAGAUGUGAAUGACAUAAUGGAAAGAAGUAAGCCCUUCACUGUGAAGAAGCCAAAAACUGUCUCCAAGAAUCAAGGCAGAGUGUUUCAAGCUCCUGACCUGAGUGGGAUCCUACAAGUGUUUCAUGGUGGGAAUGCCAGAGCUGCUCAUGUGACCUUGGAUCCUCCCAAAGAUGAAUCAAAGAUUGUCAUUUCUGAGGAUCAGAGAAAAAUGAGAAUGCCCUUUCUUACAUUACUUUUGAGAUGGUCUAAUAAUUUAGAUCAAUUUGGUGUCCUGGGUUCACCAUUUAUUACAUCAGGGAAACAUUACUGGGAGGUAGAUGUGUCAGUGGUACAUGCCUGUGUCUUGGGGGUAUGUGGUGGAAAAUCCCCUGACUCAAACAUGAAGAGUUUUGUUAGACAACAUGACAAUUGUCAACAUGUUUACUCUAGAUAUCAACCUAAACAUGGCUUCUGGGUUAUAGGAUUAGAGAAUCAAUUUGAAUAUAAUACUUUUGCAGAAUCUUCCUCCUCUGAUCCCUUGAAAUUAACCCUCUCCCCAAUUUUUCCUCCCUGUAGCGUUGGGGUUUUCCUAGGCUAUGAUGCUGGCACUGUCUCAUUUUUUAACAUCAUGAACCAUGAGUUUUUCAUCUAUAAAUACUCUUCAUAUUCCUUUCCUCAGAAAAUUUGUCCAUAUUUCAAUCUUAUGAAAUGUGCUGGUCCCAUGACACUAUGUUCUCCAAGUUCUUAA